AUGGCAUCAGAACCAAACAAGAAGAGGAAAAUCGAUGAAGCACCAUUUCUCGGGGCUCGAGUUUCAUCAAAAAAUGGAAAGAAUGCGAUAACUGCAACAAAUGCAAAUCGAUCUAUGGUUGCAUCCCAAAGUAGUGGAAUGAAUGUUACAGUUUCACAGAACAAAUAUUUUGCGACAUCACAAGCACAGCAAGAAGGUUGUACUGGAAAUUAUAAGAUUUUUGAUUCACCCUUUGGCAAUUUUCUAUUACCUGUAAUUCCAACUCGUGCAGAACUAUCCUAG